GGCGCUGGAUUGGAUAUGGCUUUGAAGCUCUUGGAGCGCAUGUCGCAGGCGGAUAAUGUGUUCCAAUCGCUGCGCCCGCUCACGUAUAUAUCGUUGGUGGGUCUGGCGCCGUUUCGAUUGAACCUAAAUGCGGACAAGGAAGUGCACACAUCAACGUACUCCUUUAUCGCCGGAAUUGUACACUAUUUGUUCUUUGUGGUGUGCUUCGUGGCAUCUAUAUCCGAGGGGGAUUCCAUUAUUGGCUACUUUUUUCAGACAAACAUAACCAAACUUGGCGAUGGCACCUUGCGAUUAACGGGUAUUAUUGCCAUGUCCACAAUCUUUGGAUUUGCCAUGUUCAAGCGCCGGCGACUGGUCAGCAUCAUACAAAACAACAUCAUUGUGGACGAGAUCUUUGUGCGGCUGGGCAUGAAGCUGGACUAUCGAAGAAUUCUUCUAUUCACCUUUCUCAUCUCCCUGGGCAUUGUCAUCUUUAACGUUAUUUAUCUGUGUGUCAGCUAUGGAUUGUUGGUCAGUGCCACCAUCUCACCAUCCUUUGUCACCUUUACGGCGUUUGCCCUGCCCCACAUCAACAUCAGUCUCAUGGUCUUCAAGUUUCUGUGCACCACCCACUUGGCCCAGAGCCGUUUCAGUAUGGUAAAUGAGAUUCUACAGGAUAUUCUAGAUGCUCAUAUUGAACUGAACAGCGCUUUGGAGCUCUCGCCAAUGCAUUCGGUGGUGAAUCAUCAGCGCUAUGCGCACCGGUUACGCAAUUUGAUCAGCACACCAAUGCAGCGGUACAGUGUUACCUCGAUUAUACGCCAGAAUCCAGAGUAUGCCAUCAAGCAGGUGGCCAACAUACACAAUCUGCUGUGCGACAUUUGCCACACUAUCGAGGAGUACUUCACGUAUCCGCUGCUCGGCAUUAUAGCUAUAUCAUUUUUAUUCAUACUCUUCGACGACUUUUAUAUACUGGAGGCACUGUUGAAUCCGAAGCGCUUGGAUUACUUUGAGGCAGACGAGUUCUUUGCCUUCUUUCUGACCCAAAUGAUGUGGUACAUUGUCAUCAUAUUUCUGAUCGUGGAGGCCAGCAGCAGCACCAUACGCCAUAGCAGCUUCAGCGCAGCCAUUGUCCACAAGAUUCUCAACAUAACCGAUGAAACGGAGCUGCGGGAUCGCCUGUUUCGCCUGUCCCUGCAACUGUCCCACAGGAAGGUGAGAUUCACUGCCGCAGGAUUGUUUCGAUUGGAUCGCACACUGAUAUUUACGAUAACUGGCGCUGCCACCUGCUACCUCAUUAUACUUAUACAGUUUCGUUCCACUCAUCACGUUGAAGAUUCUGAAUCUAACAAUAUUACGGACUAUCUGUAACUCGACUACUAUUGUAAAAUCAAUAUUAUUAAAACAACUUGUUAUCAGAAUUGUUCAAUAAAGUAAAAAUG